AUGCAUGAAACUCAUGAAACUUAUGAAACAUUCAUGUUUGAGUUAAACUCUGAAGAAGAUAUGGAAUAUGUUGUUGAUGGCACUGAUUCUUCUGUAAGUAGUUUUGAAUACAGUGAAAAUGAAGUGAGUGAGGAAGAUGGAUUUGUACAUGAGGUACAUGUGGGAGUAGAUUUUAAAAGAGAUUUUAAUGGGUUAAAUAAUAGAGAUGAGGGAAAUAUUGAUGCAUCUUUGAAUGAUGAAAAUGAAACUGAUGGAGUAGAGUCAUUGCAUACUGAAAAUGAAUCAUUUUCUGAGUCUGACACUGAUGGUCGAGGAAAACAUAGAUGUCCUAAGUUUAAUGAUGAAACUGAUAUGGAAAACCCACAGUUUAAAGUUGGAAUGAAUUUUGGUGAUAAGUUGAAGUUCAAAGAGGCUGUCAGGCAAUAUGGGAUUAAGAAUAAGGUUGAUAUCAUAUUCAAAAGAACUGACAGUGUUAGGGUGCAUGCUGUUUGCAAGGAAGGGUGUCCGUGGUAUAUUUGGGCAUCAAGGGUUGAUCGAAAAGAUGAAACAAACACCUCACAGCAGAUUAAGUCUUAUGUAGGAGAUCAUAAUUAUUUGAUGGGUUUUAAAAAUAAAAAUGCAACCUAUAAGUGGAUGGCUAAAAUAUAUCUUGAAAAAUUUAAGGCUAAUCCUCAGUACCCAAUUACAGCUUUAAGACAGGAUGUAUUAGAAGAUCAUGUGUAUAAAGUGUCAUUGAGUAAAUGCUUGAGAGUUAAGCACUUAGCUCUUGAUAUGGUCCUUGGGAGUCACAAGGGUCAAUACUCAAAGAUAUAUGAUUAUCUUGGAAAAAUUAGAUCUUCUAAUCCUGGAAGCACAACCAUUCUAAAAUUGGAUAAUAGGAUGUUUGAAAGAAUGUACAUAUGUUUACAAGCAUGCAAAGAAGGUUUCAAAGGUUGUAGACAUAUAAUUAGCAUUGAUGGUUGUCAUCUUAAGGGUAAUUAUGGAGGUACUCUUUUGGCUGCUGCUGGUAUUGAUGGUAAUGACAGCAUUUAUCCAAUUACUUUUGUUGUUGUUGAGAGUGAAAAUGAAUCAUCUUGGACUUGGUUUCUUUUACUGUUGACAACUGAUUUGGAGAUUGAAACCUCCCAUAAUAUCACAUUUAUGUCAAACAAGAAAAAGGGACUGGUUGAGACAAUGGUGCAUGUUUUACCUAAUGCUGAGCAUAGGAUUUGUGUGACACACUUGUACUCCAACUUUAAGAAUAAUGCUCAAUUUAAAGGAAAGAACUUAAAGGAUGCACAGUGGAAGACAGCUAGAGCUACCUAUAAAAAAUAA